AGUAGCGAAUGUAUGAAAUAGUUUACUCGAACAUGUUGUGGCCGCAUCCUCUGUGGCUAGUCUGAAACAAAAACUGGUGGAAAAAUAAAGAUGUGGGCUUGGAGGAGCUAACUGGCUCUUAUUAAAUCUCACUGCACUAGGUAAUAAGCUGACGCCCCGCCUCACGCAGCCAGCCACUCUACAGCCCUCAGUCUUGCCUCACCUCCCUUUACUUCCCUGCCAUGGAGAAGCCACUAGAGAAAUGCCUGGAUGAGAUUGCGCACAGUACAGGAGUGUCCGGGGUGCUGUGUGCCGACCAUAAGGGACUGUGUCUUGGAGUUAGAGGCAAAGCCAGCAAUGCAUCAUCAGGUACUGUGGCAGCACUGGCCGAGAGGGUAGCCAUGCUAGAGCCUGGCAGCCUGGACCCUGUCAUCCUACUGGAAAGUGACAACAGUCAGUGCCUUAUUCACCGCAACAGUGGCAUCACCCUAGCAGUCUACAAAUCACCAGAGACAUCAUGAGCCCAGCAUUUGAAGUGAAAGAUACAAAUAUUGAUUUAUAAAUCAUAUUCAUCUUCAGUUUGAUCAAAGGCCAUUUGCACCUGAUGGCUUUCAACAUCAGUUCCUCAUUCUGCUGACUUUGCAGAAUUUGUUUCCAAAAAUGGAGUCAUGUAAAACUCUUGUAUUCAAAGUUUGUGCAGAAUGUGCAUGCAUUGUGCAUCAUUCAAGGUACCAUAGAAUGGCAACUCUGCUAAGGUCAUGAUAAGACCUCCAGUGAUUCCAAUCAACUUGUUUUAGGCACCAUAUUCUACAUGUAGGCAUUUAUUUAUUUAAUUUGUUAUUUUUUCCCAUGUAUUAUCUUUUUGAAUAGUUACACAGGAAGGUAACCAAUAGGAGUUUAUUAAUUUGAAAUUUUUAUUACAAACUGUUGAGUUCCAAUCUCCAACAACUUUUCCACAGAUGGAUUACCAAGACACUUGUGCAAUGUGCAAUGAAAAUAUUUGCCUUCAUCAAAACAAACAGUGGACAUUAAUGAUGACAUAGAUGUCUAACCACUUCGUUUUAAAUCACACAAGAAAAUUAACUAGGUGAAUGUUUUAGUGAGCCUACAAAAAUAUACCCUAUAUGUACUUUUGUCUACCUUUGGAGAAAUGGCCCAGCACUUUUAAUCAUAAAAACAGAUGAUCUAGGUAUUUAAAAAUCUAGAUCCUUUACAUUAAAAUAGGUGUACCAAAUAUGCAUAACAAAUAAAUUUACAUGCCUUGAAAUUAACUAAUGUUCUAAUAAAUGUGAAAUAAACAUAAAA